CAAAUGUCAAAAUGUUGAGUCUCAUUUAAAAGAGGAAGAAAUUAACUGUCAGUGUCAGGUGCUUUGGUUGGCUGGUGUCAGCUGACUUUUUGCCUUUCGUCUUGUUCAAGUUUUGUUAAAAUUCGACCUUUUUGAUCUAAAAAGAUGUCUACGAAGGAGAGAUUGGCGAUAUUUCCGUCUAGAGGGGCCCAAAUGUUGAUGAAGAGCAGGCUGAAGGGGGCCCAGAAGGGGCACAGUUUACUAAAGAAAAAGGCUGAUGCUCUACAGAUGCGUUUCAGGAUGAUUUUAAACAAGAUUAUCGAGACCAAAACUCUUAUGGGCGAGGUCAUGAAGGAAGCUGCAUUCUCAUUAGCCGAGGCCAAGUUUGCUACAGGAGAUUUCAACCAGGUAGUCCUCCAAAACGUAACCAAGGCCCAAAUCAAAAUACGAACUAAAAAAGACAACGUCGCCGGUGUCACCCUGCCCGUAUUUGAAUGCUACCAGGACGGUACCGACACAUACGAAUUAGCCGGUCUAGCCCGAGGUGGUCAGCAGCUAGCGAAGUUGAAGAAGAACUAUCAAAGCGCUGUCAAGCUCUUAGUAGAAUUGGCUUCUCUGCAAACUUCAUUCGUAACUUUGGACGAAGUCAUCAAAAUCACCAAUAGAAGAGUGAAUGCUAUCGAGCACGUAAUCAUUCCGAGAAUCGAACGUACGCUGGCCUACAUCAUUUCCGAGCUGGACGAACUGGAAAGAGAGGAAUUCUACAGGUUGAAGAAGAUCCAAGACAAAAAGAAAGCCCACAGGGCCAAAAAGGAGAAGGAAAAGCAAGCCCUCUUGGAGGCCGGACUUCUGAGAGAAGCCGAAGAAACCAGCAAUUUAUUGGACGAAGGAGACGAGGAUCUCCUCUUCUAAAUCAGCAAGAAAGCAAAUCGUUACACUCAUAGGUAUUUAAAGAUAUUACGCAUAAUGUACAUAUGAAUAAAAAAUUAUAUGGCAAAAAAUUUAGUUGAUAUUAUUAAAAAACUAAUUCUACAUGGAACCGGUUUGAAAUAGGCCGGGUUUUGUGUAGAAAUUUUUUAAUAUUAAAAAUGUAUAUUCCAAGUUAGUAUUAAGGGUACGAUCAGAGUUCUUGCAAGCAGUUUUCUUUUGUGGUUGUUUAGACGCAUUCUUAUAAUUCAUCAUUAAUGUCUUGUAUAUUGUUGAAUAUAGUUGAAUAAAAUUCCAAAAA